AGUCAUGAUGAGCGGAGCCAGGCCUGGAGUCAACAGGGAAAGUCAGAUCCUGCUUCACAAGACAACCAAGGGAGCAACAGCUCGAAUGAGAACGGCAACAUGAACAAAAACGUCCAAGUGACCCAGCCGGCUAAAGAAGAGAGAAUCAGGGAGCUGAACCAGCAGGUGGAUUCUCUCCAAAACGUCAUCCUGCAGGUCCAGGAGCUCCACCACGGUCUGGUGGCGUUCUGCUCUGAGUUAAAGAGCAUGGACGGAGACGCGAGCGCGGACAGACUCGGCUCUGCUGAGCUGAAGCAGAAACUGGAGCUGGUGAAGAGCCGACUGACCGACAAGAGGCAGAGUCUGCAGACGCUCAGAGACAACGUGAACGACUCGGCUGCUCACAAGAAGAAACAGCUGGACGUCCGUCUCCUGGAGAAGAUGAAGCUGAACUGUCAGGUGUUCAAAGAGGAAAUCUCCAUCGUUCAUCUCACCCGACAGGUGGCUCACCUCCAGAGCGCUCUGCAGGAAAGCUAUGUGAAGGAGAAAGCUCGGAAAAAGAGUCUUGCCAUCGGCAGCCUGAGUCAGCUGGUGUCGCCGCAGUCUCCCGCCAUGCUGCUGGUUGUUCAAGAGAACCUGAACCCUGACGGCCGUUAUGGCUUUACCUGCUGCUUCAGAGAAGGCAGCGGACUCGUGGUGGUGAAGGCGGACCACUCUAACCUCUGUGUGGACGACAGAUUGGUGGAGGUGAACAGCGUUCCAGUGAUUAACUCCACAACAGAAGAGCUGACAGAGAUCCUGCGGCAGGGACCCAGCGCUCAAAUUGUGGUUCUCCGCCAGCCCUCCCCUAGCCUCACCUCCCAGAUACACCCUCUCCUCCUGCAGCACAUGGUCAACCCUGAUCCCAUCCCAUCAAUCUGGACUGAAAAGAAUACGGCUCCACUGGAAACUACUCCACAACGGAAAGUGAUGGCCAUCUGAUGAUAAAGAGGAAGGAUGUGAAGAGACAGAAACAUUGGUGGAAGAUGGAUCCAGGGUUCCAACUAUUUCCUAGAGAUCAAUACAACAAGAACAAUGGAGGAACAGCUGUAUUUGACACUAUGGUGGUUAAAACUUAAAGGUUUUGUGUAACCUGUUGUUACACAAUUCAUGUCAUGAUAUAGUUGGUGCAGCACUGGUAGUUGUGUUCGCCCAGCAUUAGCCAAGGUUUGGCUGCCAUUCUAAGUUCUAACACUUUGGCCUUCCUCAUCAAACUCUCCCAAUAAUGCCCCAAAACCCAUCUGAAACAAGCACUCCAAGCCAGAACUGGAUCCCAAACUUUAAACCUUUGCAUGCCAAACACUUAACUGAAACUACUGCAACCAGCAGUGACUCAUAAUUUGACAUCCAAUCAGCAAAUAGCGAAAUGGCCAUUCUAUUUAAAAUGCUCUGCCUGCCUUCUCCUGCUGCUCCCCCUGCAAGCCACUUCACCUCCUCCACCCUAGCUCCUCCUUCCUGCUGUGUCUGAUUUGAUCAGUG